AUGAAGAAGCCCACGAAUGCGGUGCUGUUGGGCGUGCUGCUGUCGCUGGCCGGCUGCGCGGAGGCGUUCGGCCCGCAGAAGACACUGCUGAGUCGGAUUGACUCGUUGACGCUGCGCAGCGAUAUGAUGACCAAGGGCAGGAGGGUGGAUCCGAUCCCGCAGCUGAAAUGUGUGGGCGGUGAUGGCAUGGGGAGAUAUGAGGUUGAUGUGAUGCGGUGCAAGAACCGGGGGAGCGACUAUGGUGAUGAGAAUAUCAGCUGGUCGUGUACGGCGGACCUGCCGAGGGAGUUUAAGCUUGGUGCUACGGAUGUCAUCUGUGAAGGCUAUGACAGCCCGGACGACAACUACAUCCUCAAAGGCUCCUGCGGCGUCGAGUACCGCCUGGCACUCACCGACUACGGCUACGAGAAAUACAGGUCCUCCGCCUGGACCAACCGCUUCACCAACGACAACAGCACAAGUACAAACAUAACUCUCUUCAUCUUCUGGACAAUCUUCUUUAGCAUCCUCGGCUGGAUCAUAUACUCCGCGUACACCUCGGCCUCCACCGCCCCGCGCGCGCCCCGCACAGCUGGAGGCGCCCGUCCCUCAUUCUGGGGUGGAGGCGGUGGUGGUGGUGGAGACGACCCGCCACCGCCAUACGACUACUCGAACCGGAAGCCGCAGCAGCAGAGGCAGGGGCCGGGCUUCUGGACGGGUGCCGCGACUGGUGCGGCGGCGGGGGCGGCAGCGACUAGGUUAUUUAGUGGCAGCGGCAGCAGCGGGAGAGAGAGGGCACCGCCGCCGCCGGCACCGUCGUACUCGGGGGCUAGCUGGGGCGGCGGCGGUGGGGAGAGGGGGGAGAGUAGUAGUGCGGGGGCGAGACAUUCGAGUACUGGGUUUGGACAGACGAGGAGGAGAUGA